AUGGCGUAUCAGUUCUUUGCCAAAGCCCACCAGGCGAAGCGGUCCUCCUCCGCGUCUCCCCCACUUCCCCAACACUCGUCCCCACCAUCGCGUGGUAGUGGCCAUGGCCCUCCAAAAUAUCCCCCGGCCAUGGUCGCCUCAGCGCCCUCAGCACCAUCAGCCGUCAAUAUCGCUGCGAAGCUGAAGCCUCCAACCUCCAAAGACCGUUCAUUCGAGCCCCCCGCGUACCCUCACGCUAUCCAGCCCGGUUAUCCUUCUCCGCACGAGCACGUCACGAUAGAACCAGUGAGCACAGCUCACAUUCCGUCCCUGUCCCGAAUCACUGGCCUGCUCUUGCCAAUCCGCUACCCGAACUCCUUCUACACCGCUACAGUCACGGAUCCCGUGAUUGCUUCCGUGUCACGCGUGGCCAUCUACCAUGAUCACCCGGUAGCCUUUGCGCCAACGUCAGCUAUUUCGCAGUCGCCCACAGCGGGGACAGAUAAAGUCAUUGGCGCGAUUCGGUGCCGACUGGAGCGGCUUACUCCAGCCGUCGAUGGGAAUCACGAGAAGGAACCGACGAAUCUCUACAUUCAGACGCUGCAUCUGCUUUCACCGUACCGUGGCUGCGGUGUCGCGGCUUCGCUACUCAACUCGUUACUCUUCUCCUCUACGUCUACGCCUAACGCCGGAUCGGCACAAAGCUGCGAGGUUUCAGAUCUCGUGAAACAUUACAACAUUCGAUCGGUUACCGCGCACGUGCACGAGGCAAAUGAAGACGGACUGAAGUGGUACAUUUCACGUGGGUUUAAGGUGCAGGAGGACAUUAUUGAGAACUAUUAUCGCCGACUGAAGCCUUCUGGCGCGCGCAUCGUCAAGCUCCAUCUUCAACGCGACAACAUUGAGGAUAAUACAACCGCCGAACCCGUUACACAACUACCGAUGGCCAAAGAGAACCAUGAAGGACAUGGCACACCGGACACGGGUGCUGAUGCUGAUGAUGAUGCUGAUGACGACUGGGAAAAGGUUGAAGCGGAGGACGAGCUCGAGCCGGAGGAACUCGGCGUGCAAUCGUUUACAGGGUCUUCGCUACUCGAUGUCAAUGGGUCCGCGAGAAAGAAGCGAAAGACUAGUGAGGAGUCCUAG